CUCUUCACUCCAUUCCACCCCAUUCGCCUCAAACUCGGUUCCUUACUCAUUCACAACCACCAUGGAAGUUCUACACGGACGAAAGAAAGAAAAGGUCGAGACAGUAGACCUGCUCAAGGCUUGGAAAGAGCGUAAGGAUGUUCUCGUGGAGGAAUAUCGCGGCCUCAAAAACUCACUCAAGGAGAUCCUUGACUCCAAGAGAAAAGAUAGCGAUGCACUUCAAAUUACGGAAGCGCUUCUUCAAAAGAACCCUGACUAUUACUCCAUCUGGAAUGUACGACGAACCAUCCUUCUGGAAGGAUUCCUGAAUGACGCGAACGAAGAGGCCGCCAACAAGAUCUACAACAGCGAGCUCGAGUUUGUGGAAGGGAUUCUGGAGCAGAGCCCAAAGUCGUAUUCAUUGUGGAACCAUCGCCGCUGGUGUCUAGAGCAUAUGAGCCAGCCUCGCUGGGACAAGGAAUUGGCCAUGAUCGACAAGCUCCUCGAGCUCGAUGCUCGCAAUUUCCAUGGAUGGGACCACAGGAGAUAUAUCAUCAGAGAGCUGGAUGCGCAGGACAAGGGUUCAAGCGGCAAAGUUCUCGAGCGCGCACAGUCGGAGUUCGACUUUACAACUACAAAGAUCAGUCAAAACUCUUCCAACUACUCUGCAUGGCACAACAGGGGCACUCUCCUUGGUAAGUUGGCCGAGAACAUGACAGAAGAGGAAAAGAUGGUCGCUGUUGACAAUGAGUUUGAUCUCGUCAAGAAUGCCAUCCACAAGGAUCCUGAAGACCAGAGCGCAUGGCUAUACGGUCAAUGGCUUAUUGGAAAAGAGGAGAGGAGCGUCUCAAUUCUGGGUGCUACCGUCAUCUCAUUCCAUCCUCUGGAGGUCGUGGUUGCGUUUGAUGAAACGGUCAAACUGCGUAAUCCACCUACAGUCUCCACGAUGUUCGACGAGAUUCCAGUUCCACUUAAGGGAAAAUGGAAGGCCACAGGAACAGACUCUACGGUCGGCACCCUUUGGAUCUUUCAGCAGACAGCGGAUACUGCAUAUGGACCGACAGUCGAGAUUAUCAUCUUCGCAGACGACGUUAUUCCCAUGAAGACAGGAGGACGACUUGCUUCUGCCGUGUGCUUUGAACUGGAGACAUCGCAGCAGAACCUACGUGAGAUUUCUGGCCAACUAGGUCGACUGGCCAUCGGAAUGAACUUGAUGUACGACGUUAGCAAGCGUAUUGGAUCUGUUCCACCCCCGGAUGGCACGCUGGAUCCUCAGAAAACGAACCGAAAAUACCGGGUGACCUCGUUGACGACCUCAGAUUCGCUUCAGGACAGAGUGGAAUUGCUAGAGCGCGAGAUUGCAGUGGUCAGAGAGCUUGUCGAGCUGGAACCAGAUUGCAAAUGGCCGAUCCAGAUCCUUUCAAAGCUGCUCUCUGAGCUGCGAAAGACUGUCAGUAUCCAGUCGUCACAAGCCAAGCAACUCGACGACGAGUGCAUUGAACUGCAGGAAAAGCUGAUCCUCAUCGAUCCUCUGCGCCAGGAGCGAUAUGAAGACCGCCGCACACAGCUAGUCUUUGACCGUGAGACAUCGCAUAUCAUCAAGGACUCGAAACGCUUCCCCGAGAUAGAGUUCGCAGAUGAACAGCCGCAAGAUAUGGACCUCUCGAUGCGUGGAAUGACACACAUCCCAAUCUCGUCGUAUUUGAUGCAUCUGCACACCCUGAACCUGGACUCAAACGAAAUUACGUCGACUCGCUUCCUUCGUAACCUGAUCCAUGUGCGCCGUGUGAUCCUAUCCAAUAACCUAAUUAAGCGACUCGAGGGCAUACAACACUUGCCGUGUAUUGAGUUUUUGUCGCUGGAGAACAACCUGGUUGCCAAGUGGGAGGAUGUAGUUGCAGGAUUUAUGUUCUGGCAAGAGGGCAAGCUGGGACAGACUGGAGGAAAUGUCAAAGUCCUGCUAGGAAACAACGUUGUAGUCGAGAACGAGGGCGGUGAAUAUGUGCUGGAGAAGCGGUGGGAGGACGUGGGCGAAGUAGGAGUUGAGAUCCAAUGGCAGGCUGAAGAAGUACGAUUGGAAGAGGAGACACUCAUCGAGGCCGAGGGUACUGAAGCCAUUGGGCACACGUUCCUGGAAGGCACUCGGCGCGUCAGCACUACCGUGGUCGAGUUUGAUGCUGGCCAUUGAAGGACCCCGAUACAUUGGAGUCUGUUGCUGUUGCAUAGGUGCAAUGCAUACACAAAUAUAUUCUUGUUGUCAAAUAUGCGUAUUCUGACUGUUGUCUUCGUGGAAACAUCCCUCGAUCGAGCUGCUGCUGCUGUGUAUGUAUGUACCUUGGCCUCUGCUUGGUCCCUCUUUUAAUUAUUUUUUUGGCUGCGACUUUUGUC